AAAGAGCUAAGUCUUGAGGGGCGAUUCACGCUCCGGUUCUUGAGAACCCGAAAAGUGCCGGUCCUCGAGGAAAUGCGCUCCAUUUAUUUAUUACGUUGCUCGCUGAACCGUUGCUCCGUAUAUUUGUGAAACCGAAAACCCACUCGGCUCUGGAGCAGCACUCUGGACGUUUCAGCUGACAGAGAUACCAGCGCGCACCGAAGUCGGAGAACCAUGACGAGAGCCGGUCUAUGUGUCGCUGUUCGGCCCGAAGAACGAAUUUUCGCACCUACCACCUCCUCCUUAUCGAAAAGCGACGCACUCCCGCAAGAGAUCACCUCACAUCUUUCCGCGCGCCUCGCCGAUCGAAGCCGCGCAUACAGGCACAGCGAUCUCCCGCGAAGCGCAUCAUACGACGAAAACACUGCUGGAGCGAACAACCAGGGAAUCAGACCAGCCAUGCGAGAGAACCCGUACUAUCCAACGCGUCAUGUUUCCCCCGAUUUCUACGCCAAAGAGGAUGUGAAUUCGAAAAUGAUGCUCCCCGUCCCGUGGGAGCCUAGGAGAUAUCAAGGCUCACUUCAGAGACUCGGAAGAAGCUCGCGCAAGGAUAAACAAACUUGGACGGACAAAAAUUCUCCCAAAUCGAUCGAAUCGAAUGAGGAACCCAACGAGAGGAACGGGAAAACCUCUUACUCGAGCACAGGUACCUGGUUGGACGCUCGAGAUUCGUUCCUUGACUCUGUACCGAAAUCGAAUGAGAAGUUCGAAAUACGGGAAAUGGGAGGACCCGGCCAAGUUGAGAGUCUAGCGUGCAGUGCACUUAUCGGAUACCCGGCUGGACAGGGCAGAUAUAUCCUGCACGUCACUGUGCCUGACUUGGUCAAUCCUCUGCUCGUGCUGAACGCGUUGCGUAUCAAAGGCUACCUCAGCGGUCGGGUUGACAGAACAGGUCACCCAACGACUUUUCUACUGAGCUCAUGUAAGCCUGGACACUACGAAAUUGAUCUCAAGGCUGGAAAGUGUACCGCUCACCUAUUGCUCUACGAACCGCGUCACAAGGGACAUCAGGGAUGUUUCGCUGCUGGCUAUUCUUAUUUUCUAUGCGGAUUCCAAAGUCCGGUCGUGCAGCGGGUCGUAAUUCGGGCGGAGAGCGCACAAACUCAAGUGGUGAUCAGUCGUUCCUAUUCGUCAGACUGUGAAGGCUUUUCGCAGUCGUCUCGGAGAUUCUCCCCGAAAACCGAGCUCAAAGUUGCUUCGGCGCCCCUGUUGGAAUUCGAACCGGAGAUUUGCCAUCCGUGGGCGCAGAUGCUCAAGGAGGAAGAGGAGAAGAUUUUGAAAGACUUCAGGUUACCUGAUAUUAGGCUGGCUCUCGAGAAAACUCCGUCGAUUCCAUCGGAAGCUCCGGUUUCGAAUCGGCGUUUCCCGCAGUUGGAGCAGCCCAACAUAACAAAGAUGAGUCUACUUCGCGCGCUGGGAGUUUUCAUCAUGGACAACAAGACACAAUCGCAGCUCAAGAUGAGGAAUUUCCCCUGUGAACUCUGUGAAGGCUCAUUGUUCAAAGAAAUGAGAUCAUUGAUCCAACGAUCGAGCGCUACGAUCAGAAUGUCAGACAACUCGUCAACGAAGUUCCCCAGCAAGUAUUUCGCCCAACGAUACCGACUCGUGUCCCGAUUCAACGUGAAUCUUAAUUUAAGUGAAGUGGCGUGGUUUUCAAUCUGCCCCGAAGAAAUUUCUAAACACAUAGGUCGUCGCCUCGCCGUCCUGAGUCGCAAACUCGGACGAAAAAUUCGAAUCAUGGAUCCGUUCUGCGGUGCCGGUGGAAACAUAGUCCAGGCGGCGUUCAUGGAUGAAGUUUCCCAUGCCUUCGCGUCCGAUAUCAGCGAAGACGAAGUUCGAAGUGCACAGAGAAUGGCGGACUUGUACGGAGUUCGGGACAAAGUUUCUUUCGCUGUGAGCGAUGUGUUCGAUCUCAAACCUCAGCUUAUGGGUGCAAUCGACGCUAUUGUGUGUAGUCCCCCAUGGGGAGGACCAAGCUAUCUGGACGGGGUUUACGACCUCAAUUCUAUGGAGCCAAAGUACAACGACGUUCUCAAGCACUGUGCGAAGUUCACGAGGAACAUGGCGGUCCUACUCCCUCGGAACAUCUGUAUAGAUCAACUGGUGGACUCGGCCGCCGCAGCCGAAUCUAGAGCUGCCGUCGAGCUGGAAAUCAAUCUAUUGGCUGGGAAGCCUAAGACAUCGACAGUUUACUACGGUGAACUCACGAAUAAGUGAGUUUGGUUGCUGUUCUAUUCCACGAUAAGCAUUUAUUGCCAAGUCGAGAUGCCCUUUAUUGAUUCGAGGUCCGCUCGAGCUUGCGCACCAGUCUUGUAUAUUAAAAGAGAAGCUCGAUCUGCGGUCGACUGGUAGCUUGUUCGUCCUCCGGAUAUUUUCCGACGCUUUUGUCGGCGCUUACCAGGUUGGACUCGAUUUCGAGGGUCGGAACCUCAAAGUUUCAAAGUCAAGGUUGUGUUCGAACUGUAAAUACAUUAUGGAGAGAGGCAGCAUUCAUCCCGAAGCACAGUAGGGAAGCACGGCGUCAAAUGGAGUCACCGAGUUUCGGAGUAGGAGCAGGGGAGACUCACGAGUUAAAGAAUUGAGGAUCCGUCACCGGGGACGGAUCCGUAGACCCUUAUUUAUGUUUUGGCUCAUCCGAAUCGACAGCAAGUCACUUCUGCUGCUCUCGUUUCUCUUGCGUAUACGCGGACGGAUUGUGAUCUCCCGUGAACCUCUCUCCCAACGGAAAAUGGGGGAUCUGUUCUUUCCGAGGUGUAAUAAAUUAAGUAUUGAAG